GCCAUUAUGCUAAGGAUAAGAAAAGAUGUCUUCACCAUUUCAGGCCAUUAAAUUAAUAACCUAUCUCAGAUUUCUGAAUUAAACAAUGCCCGGACCUGUCGGACGAUGGCUAGAAACUUUCAUGUGUAAACACUACGCAGAUACCUUUGAGACAUUUGGAUACAAAACACUCCAAUCAGUAUGCCAACUACAGUCUCAACAGUUACAGGCAAUGGGUGUAGCCCAAGAACAUUGUGAUCUUAUUUUGGAGAAUGUUUUUGUGUUAAGACAGACGAUUUUAGCCAACAAUUCAAAACAUCUCCCUAAUCAACAAUCCUAUAAUCCUACAGUCAACCCAGCAAGUAGUGCUUUAAGAUCUGUAGCUAUGAAUAGUAAUUAUCAGAGAGGGACACAGAACCACUAUCAAGAGGAAUAUCACAACUAUGGCCCAAAUGGAAGUCAAAUGGCGAGUAUGAGCUAUCAAAAACACUAUGAAGAAGAGAGAAUGGGUACACCUAUGGUUGAUGUUAAUCAAAGAGGUUAUGGACCUAGCUAUGUUGAGCACAAUCAAAUGAUGAUGCAACAGCAGCACCAUUCUCAACAACAACAACAUGUUGCCCAGCAACAACAUCAACAACAUCCGCAACCGAAUCGAGCAAAUCAAGUUGGUAAUAUAUAUCAACAGUCUGGUGCAACUCAAGGUUAUAUGCCACAACAACAAUACAGUAAUCAACAAUAUCCUAGUUCCUACAUUCCCCAGAAUACAACUCAACCUAAUCUUACUAGUAAUUAUUAUAAUACUAGUAAUCAACAAGCACCAACAUCCAACCAACAAACACCCCAACAUCACCAUGUACGACAGAUGCAGGGUAACACUAAUCCACAAGCUGUAGCAGAUAAUAUCUUACAGUUAGCUUCCUCUUUUCCGUCAAGUCAUACAGUGCAAGUUCCACUUAACAAGAACCGUCAUGCACCCUACCAUGUUCCUCAACCUACCCACUAUAAUAUUCAGAAUGUUCAGAAUGUGAAUCCUCCUAGUCAAAAUCAAAUGGCAAUGAACCAACAUAGAAUGUAUUCUAAUUCAAUGAAUACAAGUCACCAACAACCUGCAAGAACUUCACCUAUUAGUCCUAUGCCUUUACAAAGUCCAGUAUCUCACCACAGUAAUCAAAGUAUAGCCAGUCCAGUUUCCAUGCACAGUCCAUCAUCUAUUGGAAUGCGUUCACCGGCCCAGUCACCUGGUGUAGGUAUGAGAUCACCCUGUGGAAUGCAGGCAAUGCCUUCUCCACACGGACAACCAAUGAAAUCACCAAGUCAUGUUCAGAUGGGGUACUCCCAACAAAUUAAUUCACCUCCGCAUAGAAGUGGCAACAUAAAAUCACCAGUCAAUCCACACCAUUACUCUCCGAACCCUAUGAAUUCUCCAGUUAGUCAAGCCAGUUUGCAUUACCAAACUUCUAACCGUACAGUUCAGAGUCCGCAAAGUAACUUUAGUCUGUCUACCUCCUCUAGUCCAUAUGUUAAUGAGUCAUUACAAGAAUCUGGACAGUUUCAGAAUACAUGUUCAAUUACAAACCCCUUACAGUCUUUACAAAAAUUAGUGAUGUUACCUGAAACACAAGUUGUUGACCCUAAAAGUGUUGUAAAUGAUGCUUGUGUACCUUCUCCACAAAAUAAUGAUAGUUCAAAAAACUGUGAUAGCUCUGCAGAAUGGCUACGGGGGGAUUGCAGCCAUUCCGCAGGCAGCACUGAUCAUAGCAGUCCUGAGGAAAUCCGCCCAAGCAAUGCUUGUGAGGACGGUAAACAUUGUAAUAAUACUUGUGAUACAGAAAGUGUAGAAAAGCCACAAGAAAUUGUCGCAACAGGUGGUAUAACUGAUAAACAGACUGUCUGUGAUGAUGUAGUUGAUGACAUCAGCUCAAAAGUGAUCGAAAACGACAUUAGUACGGGUUCAAAAAGUAAAGUAGCUGGAGAAAAUUCAAAUAAUGAAGAGAGAAAGGGAAAUUGUGUAGAUAACGUUAAGACAAAUCUCUUAAAUGGUCUUCCUGAUAAAGAAAGUCUGCAAUCACAUGAGGAAGAAGUAAAGCAAAAGUUAUCUCCCCCAAAGAAAAAGAUUCUCACGGCAUAUAAUGAAUCUUUAUUGGAUAAUUCUGAAAAAAAAUGCGAUAUCCCACCCAAAUCUUCUUUAAAUCUGGUUAAUGGCAGUACAGAACCAGAACAUGAAGUGUUACCUAAAGUCACAUCUGCUCCAAGUUUUAAAACCAAAGAAAUUUCAACUGAUACAUCAUGUGUUAUAAUUGAAUCAGAUGAUAAAAUAAAAAGUGAUAUAAAAACCUCUAUUGAAUCAAUUACAAAGAAACCUAGUGAUGUGUCUGUGCGGAAGGCAAGAGCAUUAUCACCUCCCAAGUUAAGAUCGAUUGCUAGUGAUAAUUACAGUGAAGAUAGUGAGGAAGAACUACGAGUGCGGAAAGAUUGUGCGAAUACAUAUUCUAGAGUGAGUCGGUUAGUGACAAAUUCUUGUAGUAGUAUCGAAAAAUUACGAACAAAUUCUGAUGAAGAUAGUGAAGAUGAAGAUUUUAGUUUCGAUAUAGAUGAGGUGGCAGUUGAAGAAAGUGAUGAAUCUUCUGAUAUUGUUUCUGAAGGUGUUGAAGAAAAUUUUCUUGAGGAGGACUUAGAUGAUGAGAGCGACAUAAAUGCUUUACGUGAAAAAUUAAACUCUUAUACAUACCCAGAUAAACUGUCAAAUGAUACAAAUGGGUCCAAUCCUGUUUCUGUGCAUAAUCCAUCCACUGCUACAAAAUCUCCUAGUUUAAAUUCACCCGAAAAUAAAUCAAAUGUAGAGAAAAAACAAUCUUCAAAAUCUCCACCAAACAUUAGUGCUGAUCAUGAUAGUGUCAGCAUUUCUUCUGAUGAAGUGGUCACACCUAGUAAAAGAACUACAAGAAAUCCGAGAAAUACACCACCCAUUUUAAAGAGAGAAGAAGUGUUACUGAAUUCUCAUGACAAAAAUAAUGCCAAGGAUACUUCUAAACGGAAACGGAAAAUUUCUCACGAAAUAGACUCUGAUAAUUUUAUGGAAAAGAAAAUCAAACCAGAAACUAUAGAGAUAAUAGAUUCAUCAUUUGAUGAGGAUGAUGAUAAACCAUUGAAAUGUGUUGCUGAAAUUGUUGAUACAAAAUAUACACCUUCAACCUCUACCCCUGCUUUCAACAGAGAGAAAAAAGCCCAUGUGAAAACCGGGUCCUAUUUGCCAUCUGCUAAUGUAUCGGCCAUUUUAAAAGAAGAAAUGGAUGUGUCACAAACUAGUCAGAAAAAGAAAGGUCGACCUGUUGGUAGUAAGAAUAGUUUGAAACAAAAGAAGAAAGUAAAGUGUGACAAAAAAUUGGAUAAAAAGAAGAAGGUAGAUGAAAGUAGGGAAAGUUUGAAAAAUAUGAAAUUUGGAAAAACAUUGAGCUUAAUGAAGAACUCCAAAAAGAAAUCUGAGUUGUGGCAAAAUGCAAGCCCUUUUGUGCGUCUGUUUGGGUCCAAAAUAGAACCAACUUCUGUGGUUGUCUAUGACAAUCAGCAGCAAGAUGAGGAAGAAUCGAAACAGAAAAAAACGAGGGGACCUGCGUCCUUGACGGUACAAAUAUCCAAUUUACCAUCUGGUAAGUCUGUGAUGGUACCACAUUCUCAGACAUUAGGUGAAAGUAAUUGGGUGUGUGCUUUAUGUGGUAAACGUAGUAGUUAUAAAUUUCUAGGAGAUUUAUUUGGUCCAUAUUAUUUAGACUGCCAUGUGUCACUUGUGAAAAAACAAUUAGAGGAUGAUGCUAAAAAGGAUAAAAGUAAAAUACCAAAAGUAACGCUUGAGAGACGGAGACGGAAAUCAUCUGAUAGACAUUCUUUAGAUUCAGUUGAUAAACCACAGGAAGUAUGGGUUCAUGAAAACUGUACAUUGUGGUCAGAUGGCGUUUUUCUCAUAGAUUCCAAAAUAUAUGGUUUAGAAGAAGCAGUGAAAGUUGCAUCAUCGUCUAAUUGUUCAGGCUGUAAAGAAGCUGGUGCAAUGAUAGGAUGUCUACACAAGGGUUGUAAUCAGAAAUAUCAUUAUAUGUGUGCUGCUGAAUCCAAGUGUUAUUUAAAUGAAGACAAUUUCUCUCUUCUGUGUGUCAAACAUAAAGACAAGCGGAGGAGGACAGAAGCAUCUACCAGCAAAACUUGACAGUAGAUAAAGUGAGAAGUUAGUGAAAUCCAACUUAUCCUAUGUAACGAACUAGUCCUUUGGAUGUUGGUAGGAAGAAUGAGAGUGACAGCUAUGAUGAUGCUUGUAUAUUGAUAACGACCUCACAUGAAGUGCGAUGUAGGAACUAAAUGGGCUUGUUGGUGCAGGUGUUGCUUAUGUACCGUAUAACAAUUAGUUAUACAACUAUCACAUUAUAAUAGAGAGAAAAUAUCAAAAUUGAAAAUUAUAAUCAGCUAAAAUCCUUGCUUGUUGAUCAUAUCAAUUAGACCUAAUUAGUUUGAAAUCAUAGACAAUUAUUAGGAUUGAUUUUAUUUGGUAUCCAGAUAUAAAUUGCUUAUCAGUUCUAAAUCAUAUUAUUAUUUAUAAAUAUGUUAUAAUGUGUUCAUUAAUAAUUAAAUACUGAUGUUUAACACUCAAUACACUUGUAUAUUCUUACUUUAAUAAUUAUUUGGUUAUAUUUUAUGUUAUGGACUCUUAAUAUGUUUUGUUUGUGUAUGAGUGAAUUUGUUCAAAUUUGGAUGUUAUGUUACUUCGUGCUAUUUUGUAAUUUGUGAAAAUUCAGCUCAUAAGUAAAUACUAUAUUGCCAAGGAGUUUUGUAUAGAAUUAGAUGGUGACAUACAGUUGUACCUUCUGAAUUGAAUAAAAAGUAAUAAUAUAUAAAGACUUUUAUACACCCACAUAUUCAUGUGGACGUAUUAUGCCGUCGCCCCUGUCUGUCCGAUGCGUCCACAGUUUGUUUGUGGACACUCUACAGGUCACAAUACUUAUCUGAUUUUAACGAAACUUGAAAUAAGUUUAUCUCCAAAAGAUCUUGGUUCCUUUCGAUAUUGGCAUGUAUUGGAUCAAAACUUCAUGGAUUAUGGCCCCUGAAUGUACGAAAACUCACGUUUUUAGCUUGUGGACAAUCUAGAGAUCACAAUUUUCAUCUAAUUUUGAUGAAACUUGAAAUGCAUGUUUAUAACUCAAAGAUCUUGGUUCCUUUUGAUAUUUGUGCAUAUCAGAUUGUAACAUCCUGAAUUAUGGCACCUGAUUGUUUAAAAAAUCACGUUUUUAGCUUGUGGUCCCUCUAGAGGUCACAAUUUUUAUCUGAUUUUAAAAAACUUUUUAAUAUAUCACCGUUACACUAUAAUGUAGGUUGAAUUCAAAUUUCGUGAAAAUCGAACCAAAACUGCUGGACAAAAUGGCCGCUCCUCAUACGCAAAUUACUGUAAAAAUACGAUGCAACAAGGUUGUCGACCUCUAGAGGUCACAAUUUUCAUUCGAUUUUGAUGAACCUUAAAAUGCAUGUUUAUAACCCAAAGAUCUUGGUUCCUUUCGAUAUUGGCAUAUUGGCGCAUAUUGAAUCGUAACUUCCUGAAUUAAUGGCCUCCGAUUGUACACAAAAUUGCAUUUUUAGCGUGUGGUUCCAAUUUUUAUCAGAUUUAAAAAAACAUUCGAAUAUAUCACCGUUAUGCCAUAAUGUUAACCAAUUUCAAAUUAAAUGGAAAUUGGUGGAUUCUCUAGAGGUCAUAAUUUUUAUCUGAUUUUAAAAACCGUUUAAAUUAUCAACAUCCCACCAUAAUGAAGGUUGAAUAAGAAUUCUGGGAAAUCAAAAUGGCAGCUCUGCCUAUGGCACAAUACUAGAUCUUUGUCCGAUCUGGAAAAUAUCUUUCUCUAGGAUUAAGGUUUGGGUUAGGUUUACAAAUUACAUGUCAAACGUACAAAUUUGAAGCUGUAAAAACGGUGGAUUGUGGGUAAAACUAUUCUGAAGGGUUAGGGUUAGAAUUGUGGGUAUAAACACGGAAAGAUAUUCUCCAGAUCGUACAAAUUGUGUUAAAGUAUGUAAUACGAAGGUUGCGGACCCUCUAGUGGUCACAAUUUUUAUCCGAUUUUGAUGAAACUUAAAAUAUAUCUUUAUAUCCCAAGAUCUCAGUCCCUUUCGAUAUUUGCGCAUUUCAGAACAUAACUUUCUGGAUUAUGGCCCCUGAUUUUACGAAAAAUCACUUUUGUUUUUAGCGUGUUCUCUAUCCAUCUUUUGCAAAAUGUGGGCGUAUCUUGCCUGGCAACCGCUGGUUAAUAGAUGUAGUGUUUUCUCUGAUAUUUAGCAGAUUUUUCUGUGAUCAAUUUCUUAAUUAAGACCACAAAAUAUUCCAUUGGAGUACUCUUUUUCUUCAAGUAGGGGGUGGAUGGGUGGCCGAAUGGUCAACCCGUGUGUAUUGCAUUUCGAUUCCCUGCAUGUACGUGACAAUGAGUAGGGUCGUCUGUCCAACUUCAUGGGGUUUCUCUGGGUCAUCCGGUUUCCUCCAACUGCUAAAAACACCCAACUCGCAAGCGAAUUAUUGAAAUGGAAUUGAACAAUAUGUUAGUCCUGAUAUGUCCUAGUUUGUGCAAGUGGACGUUAAAUACCAUUUCUCUCUCUUUUACAAGUAAAUUUCCUCAGUUUAUUCAUAGCAUUUAGCAUCAUUAUUGUCUAUUAAAUCCUACAAUCAUCAGGCAUACAUGCAUCAGACUAUCUAAUGGAAUGACUGGAACGUAGAAAUAUUUUAUUUUUCACCUUAUUAUAGAUCUAGAUUUCUGUAUAUUUUUAUGGUUGAACAAUUA